AACCUUUCAAUAUACUCUCUAUGCCUCUUCUACUCUCACCAACAAGUCUACACAUACAACACGAGUCGCUGUUACAGCCGCUCCGGCGACCCCGUUUCGUACAGUGACCGGAGAAGGUAAUCCUUUUAUUACCCUUCUCUCUCUAUAUGCCUCGUUAAAUUCAUAUACUACAUGAUUUCGUACUUUUAAGUCUUCAAUUUUGUAGAUUUCAGUUUUGAAACAUCUGGUUGAUGACAACACAGCCAAAUUGGAAAAUCUUAUAACCUUCAUGCUUCAUGGUUGUUCUUCGAGACUUCUCAUUUCGAACCCACAAUAUCUCUAUCUACCCAAACUCUCUUACCCAUCAAAUUUCAGCGGUUGGGUCUCUAUUACCAGUCACCAUAACCGAACCCAGAUCAAGGCAGGCCACUUCUGUAGCACCCAUAAUGAAAUCUUCGAUUUCUUUGAUCACCUUCUUCGACAAUGCACUACCAUUCAACAAUCCAAACAGAUACACGCCCAAACUGUUCUCACUUAUGCAUAUCGGUCUGCAUUCUUGGCUGCUAGGCUGGUGUCGGUCUAUGCUCGUUUCGGGCUUCUUCAAGAUGCCCGGAAAGUAUUUGAAACCACCCCAGUUGAAUGCAAUUCGAAUUUGCUUUUAUGGAAUUCAAUUUUGAGAGCUAAUGUUACGCACGGAGAGUAUGAUGAGAGUCUCAGGGUUUAUCUUCGGAUGCGGAAACUUGGGGUUGGGGCUGAUGGGUUUACUUUCCCUUUGGUUGUAAGGGCUUGCGCUAUGACGGGUGAUUCUGAAAUCUGCAGGAAUGUUCAUACUCAUGUUUUGCAGAUGGGAUUUGGACACCAUCUUCAUGUGGUGAAUGAAUUGAUGGGUAUGUAUGGGAAGCUCGGGCGAAUGGAGGAUGCACGUAGGCUGUUUGAUAGAAUGACUGUUAAAAGCCUUAUUUCUUGGAAUACGAUUAUUUCGGGUUAUUCGCUGAAUUAUGAUUGUGAUAGUGCUUUUGAGGUCUUCCAUCAGAUGGAAGCUGAAGAGCUGGAACCGAGCUCUGUGACAUGGACUGCAUUGCUCUCGAGUCAUGCCAGGUGUGGGCAGAAUGAAAAAGUUUUGCAAUUGUAUGGUUUCAUGAGAAAAAGAGGAAUUGGAUCUACAGCUGAAGCACUUGCUGUGGUUAUAUCUGUUUUGGGUGUGUGUGACGAGGGUGAGGUGUUCCAUGGAUAUGCCAUAAAGGGUGGUUUUGGGAAUUACUCAUUUGUGAAAAACUCACUUAUAUGUAUGUAUGGGCAACACGGAGCCAUAGAAGAUGCUGAAAAUUUGUUUUCAGAAAUGAGCUCAAAGAAUAUAGUGAGUCUGAAUGCUUUGAUAUCAUCCUAUGCUGAAUCUGGUUUAUGUGAUGAGGCUUAUGCUAUAUUUUCACAGCUGGAGAAGUCAGAUGGGUAUCCAAUGGUGAGACCUAAUGUGAUAAGUUGGAGUGCUGUUAUCAGUGGAUUUGCUUCAAAGGGGCGCGGGGAGGAGUCCCUAGAACUAUUUCGGAGAAUGCAGCUUGCUGAGAUGAUGGCCAAUUCUGUUACAAUUUCCAGUGUUUUGUCGGUUUGUGCAGAGUUAUCAGCGCUGCGCCUUGGCAGGGAAAUCCACGGCCAUGUAGUUCGAGCUAUAAUGGAUAGUAACAUUUUGGUGGGAAACGGGUUGAUUAAUAUGUAUACAAAAUGUGGAAGUCUUAAGGAAGGGGAUUUGGUAUUUAAGAAAAUUGAUGGUAGAGACUCAAUAUCGUGGAACUCAAUGAUUUCUGGGUAUGGGAUGCAUGGACUUGGUGAGAAUGCUCUAUAUACUUUUGAGGAGAUGAUUAAAGCUGGAUAUAAACCAGAUGAAGUUACUUUUGUUGCUGUUCUUUCUGCAUGUAGUCAUGCUGGGCUUGUUGCUCAGGGACGUAAGCUUUUUGAUCAGAUGGUAAGAGAGUUCAAGAUUAAACCCCAGAUGGAACACUAUGCUUGCAUGGUUGAUCUUCUUGGCCGUGCUGGGUUUCUGCAAGAAGCAAGUGACACUGUGAAAAACAUGCCAAUGGAACCUAAUGCUUGUGUUUGGGGAGCUCUUCUGAACUCUUGUAGGAUGUAUAAAAAUACCGAUGUUGCAGAAGAAACUGCUUCUCGGAUUUUCAGCCUCCACUCUGAAACUUUUGGGAGCUACAUGCUGCUCUCAGAUAUAUAUGCUGCAAGUGGGAGAUGGGAGGACUCUGCAAAGGUGAGAUUCUCAGCAAAGACAGAGGGUUUAAAGAAAAGCCCUGGCCAAAGUUGGAUUGAGGUGAAGAAGAAAGUAUAUAUGUUCACAGCAGGGAAUGCACUACAAACAGAUAUGGAGGAAGUUUAUAGGAUACUUCAGGAUUUACGUCUUCAGAUGAAGAUUGAAAGCCAUGUACCUGACAAGCUAGUAUUUUUUGCUUUCUAACAUCAACACAAUGAAAAUUGAAGCCAAACACCAGAUUAGUCCUAUCAAAUUCGAUGUCAUUUCAUGUGAAUUUGUAAUUUGCUCAGUGAUUUGGGGUUCAGUGGAGCUUCAGAUAUGGCGCUGUCCGGUCAUCGUUGAGCAGGAGUUACUAUGACAGGGCAGAGCCACCGCGCAAGUUUGAUUUGGAUGGGUAGUGGGUUGAAUCUGUUUGAGAAGAAUUUCUAUGUAGAGUUGCCGGCUGUCGUGGCAAUGUCACAGAGCGAGGCAGAUGAGUAUAAACGGCAGUGAGUGAUCACCAUUGAAGGCCAGGAUAUGCCGAAGCCGGUCUAGACUUUUCAUGACACAGCCUUUCCAGGUCAUGUGGGUUUACGAGAUCAUGGGAGGGGUUACGGUGGUGGUGAUCCUUGGAGGUACUGGAUAUUAGGCACAAAGAUGAGUGCCAGUAUAGAAAGAUCAUUGCAAUCUGCUCACAAUAUUGAGAAGGCUUGUAAUUUUGGUCAACUGAGGGCACACUAUUGCUAGGUCCUUUUCAGUCAUUCGUGUAAUUUACUAGUCUCCUGUAUUUGUAAAAUUAGAGAGGACCCCUUUGAUAUUAGUAGAGUGGAGCUCAAAUAUCUUAUACUCAAUUGAUUUUGGGAUAGGUUGUUGAUAUAUCUUGUUAAGACAAUCUUGAGUUCCAUCAUGAUGCCAAAAUUUCCUUUCUGCUUCACAUUUCUUCCUUUCUUUUCUUGGUUAUCUUAGGCUUAUAGCCUAUUUAGUUUGGAUAUAACUUCAAAAUGGCAAGUCUGAAUAUGUUUUCACGUUCACCUUGUCAUCACUGAGAGAUGUGGACACCAUCAGACCUCUGGAGCCUUUUGUACCAAAUUGUGGAAAUAGAUUUUGAUUUUGCAGCUUAUUGAUUUAGAUGAUGGGACAUCUCAUUUGGAACCUAUUGUAUGAAUUCCUCCGCAGAAGAAUGAUAAAAAUCAUAGGCUUCCUUUGCCUGGUUGAGAUGUCGGUUCCUUUAUUUUUCAUACUUCUGUUAUGCAAGGUGUAUUAUAGCAAGCUGGACAAAAUGCUCUCCCCUAACAAAUUUUUGGCAAUGUCCUGUUUGUUGGGUGCCUUUCUAGCCGAUAUAUGUGUGUUUGUCUGCGCUCAAGUUUAUAAAUAUUUCUUGACAUAUAUAUUAUGUUAUAUAUAUAUAUAUAUAUAGUCAAUUCUGUAGUCAUCAAUAAUCAA